CUGUGUCAUAUUCACUUCCUUAUGAUCCGCCAGUUUACACAGUGACAGUCAAGGAGUUGAUACAUUCAAAAUGACAGCAAUCGACAGAGAAAAUAUAUAUGAUGCUUAUGAAGAUGUGCGAAAAGACGACUCAGACACUAACUGGCUGGUUUUGACUUUUGACGAUGCUAACAAAAUAGUUUUAGAAUCAACCGGUGCAGAUUUUGGAGAGUUUCGUGAUAAAUUUACAGAUGAUGCACGACUGUUUGGUUACCUAAAAGUGAUAAGUGGAGAUGAGUUGAGCAAAAGAUCCAAAUUUGUGUUCAUAACUUGGAUAGGUCCAAAAGUUUCAGUUUUGAAGAAAGCAAAAAUGUCAGCUGAUAAAGGAGUAGUGAAAGAAGUUAUACGAAACUUUGCCAUAGAAGAAUUAUUUACUGACCGAAGUGAAGUUAAAGAAGAGAGUAUUAAAGCAAAAGUAGCAAAAGCAGGAGGAGCAAAUUAUGGUACCGGAUCCCGGUGAUCUCAGUUGAUAAAAUGACGGGAUAAGAACGGUCUAUAACAAACAUAAAACCAAAGACUGUGAACAUGUAUUGAUUUAAUUAUAUCCCCGUAUGUCUCAGAUAGGAGAGUUUUUAAAAAUUGUAUAUGAAUUUAUCUACAAAAUUUCCUCCCGAUACAGCUAACAAUAGGGAAAUAAUUGUCUGUUUGCUGUAAAUACAGGGAGUAUCAAAGAAAGUAUUAAUGAGACAACGAAAUCUACUGUUUUAAUAUCACAGUUAUAUUUGAUAAAUAUUUGUUUUACCCAUUUCAACCAUUUCUUACUUGUAUUUUAUAUCGUAGGUUAAUGCUCUUUCAUUUUCAUAUGUCUCAUUCCAAUUAUUUAUAAAUAUUUUACAAAUAGUUUAUUAUUUUUACAAUAGAAUAAAGUCGUAUAUGACAUUUA